CACCCCUCUUCCAUAGCUACCAUGGAGUUGACAAUUCAUGUGUGGCAUGCUUGCAUGUGGCGCACAGGGGGUCUGCACUCUCGUGGACGACCACUCCCCGCCUGGAGGGAAGAAGUGGGACGUGGUGCUGCGGCGCGUACCGCAGUGCUUGGAACGGUUUUUUUGGUGUUCCUCUUGGCGGCCUCGGUGCGGGCGAGAAUGGUGCCAGACAUCCCGCAGUGUGUGGCAGAGAUGGAUGCAGUCACUCAUGUGGUGACUUCACUCGAUGAUGGACCGAUCGAUGUGGUGGCGGCUGACGUGGAUGGUGAUGGCUGGCUCGACCUAGUGUAUGCAGCUCAUAAUGCGCAUAAGAUUGGCUGGUAUCGCUACAAUCAUAUCGUGGGAGGGUUCGAGGGGCAGCAAGUUGUGAGCACGGCAGCGCUUGGUGUGCAGUCUGUAAUUGCGGCUGAUAUUGACGGAGAUAGUGACCUGGACCUGGCGUCGGCAUCGGCCAAUGACAACAAGAUUGCGUGGUACGAGAACAUCAACGGAGCCGGGAGUUUCGGGCCGCAGCAAGUGGUGAGUACUGCAGCGGGCAGGGCGCAGUCCGUGAUUGCUGCUGACAUGGAUGGAGAUGGGGAUCUAGACCUGGCGUCGGCUUCGGCCACUGACAACAAGAUUGCAUGGUACGAGAACAUCGAUGGGGUCGGGACCUUUGGGCCGCAGCAGGUGGUGAGUACGACAGCGAACAGUGCGCGGUCUGUAGUUGCGGCAGACGUGGAUGGAGAUGGCGAUAUGGACCUGGUGUCGGCGUCAUCCUCUGACAACAAGAUUGCAUGGUACGAGAACACCGAUGGGGUCGGCAGCUUUGGGCCGCAACAGGUGGUGAGCAUUGCAGCGAGCGGUGCGCAGUCGGUGAUUGCGGCUGACAUGGAUGGAGAUGGCGAUCUGGACCUGGCGUCGGCGUCGGUAUCUGACAACAAGAUUGCGUGGUACGAGAACAUCGAUGGAGCCGGGCGUUUCGGGCCGCCGAAGGUGGUGAGCACUACCGCAAGCUAUGCGCAGUGUGUAGUUGCGGCUGACAUUGAUGGAGAUGGGGAUCUGGACCUGGCGUCGGCGUCGUACUACGACAACAAGAUUGCGUGGUACGAGAACACCGACGGCGCGGGGACCUUUGGACCGCCGCAAGUGGUGAGCAGUGCAGCGAAAGGUGCGUCGUCUGUGAUUGCCGCUGACAUGGAUAGAGACAGUGACCUGGACCUGGCGUCGGCGUUAUUCUCUGAUCGGGAGAUUGCAUGGUAUGAAAACACCGAUGGGGCCGGGAGUUUCGGGUCGCAGCAGGUGGUGAGCACUACCGCAAGCUAUGCGCGGUGUGUAGUUGCGGCUGACGUGGAUGGAGAUGGCGAUCUGGACCUGGCGUCGGCGUCGGUAUCUGACAACAAGAUUGCGUGGUACGAGAACAUCGAUGGGGUCGGCAGCUUUGGGCCACAGCAAGUGGUGAGCACUGCAGCGCAUGGGGUGCAGUCCGUGAUUGCGACUGACGUGGAUGGAGAUGGCGAUCUGGACCUGGCGUCGGCGUCGGCUUCUGACAACAAGAUUGCGUGGUACGAGAACAUCGACGGAGCCGGGAGUUUCGGGCCGCAGCAAGUGGUGAGCACUACCGCAAGCUAUGCGCGGUGUGUAGUUGCGGCUGACGUGGAUGGAGAUGGCGAUCUGGACCUGGCGUCGGCGUCAUCCUCUGACAACAAGAUUGCGUGGUACGAGAACAUCGACGGAGCCGGGAGCCGUCUGGCCAACCUCGCCGCCAACUCGGACCGCACCCUCAACAUGCUCUCGCACUCGCUCGAGGCCAUCCGCGCCAGAACCCGCGCCACGGCGAUGCCUUCCUCCCACCCGCGCCCGUUGGUCCUCUCUCCGCGGGCUGCUGCUGAUGAUGUGGCGAGAAGGCUGUGGGAAGAAGUCGAUGACGCCUUUCCGCUGCCUGCCUCCCGCACACUGGUAGCAACGUGCGCCGCCAGUGAUGAGAUCGGCGUGUCGACUGCCGAAGAGAGCUUGGACUCGCCGGACGAUCCUGCUGCCAAGCUCGACUUCCACGUGGCCCGGCUCCGGGCAGCGGGCGGCGAUCCGAGAAAGUGGAAUGCCGCCAUCGAUGCGCUGCAGCUUGACCUCUCGCCGGCGCUGGCGCAACUUGUCGAGACCAACCGGUCGCUGCAGGCCCGGGUCGACUCGGCCUUUUCGCGCUCGCGCUCGCUGGUCUUCGCUGACUCGGACGACGAGGAGCGCAACGAGCGCGACGAGCGCCAGCUCGCACAUCUCCGCAAGCAGGCGGCUGGCCCAGACGACCUCGGCUGGAUUGCUGAGCAGGUCUCCAGUCUCGACGCAGACUUUGCUCUCGUUCUCGCUGCUCUUCCGCCUCCCGAGAGCGGCAGCGAGAGCGAUGACAACAGCUCUUGAGCCACGCACCUGAUGCGUUUACAGGCUAAACCAUGUUGGGUGUGAUGCCCACCCCAG